AUGAAGACGGCGGCACUGUUCUUUGCUUCUGUUCUGGGAGGUGCCCACGCGGCAGCUCUGUCGCAGCCUGAGAGUUUCGAGCCUGCAGGAUUCAAUGCGACCCAAGAGCUCGAGCGCCUCGGCGUACAGGUGAAGGAUCUACCUGCAUCCUCUCUCUCGACACGCUCUCUUGAGCAGUAUGCCUGCCCUGCCGCUUGUCUGUCGCUGAGUGCCAUCUUUGGCCGUGACUCUGUCGUCACCGAGAACGACGAUGCCUAUGACCAGUUCACCGGUGCCUUCUGGUCCGAGAUCCAGGCUGAUGUCGACCCUCAGUGCAUCUUCAAGCCCUCCAAGGCCGAGGACGUUUCCGUCGUCGUGCUGCUGUCGCGACUGACGCAGUGCCCCUUUGCCGUCAAGAGCGGUGGUCACGCCGCCUUUGCUGGUGCCUCCAACAUUGAGGGCGGCAUCACCGUCACCUUUGAAAAGAUGCAAGAUGUCACCGUGUCGUGCGACAAGCAAAAGGUCAAGAUCCAGCCCGGCAACACCUGGGGCCAGGUAUACGACAAGCUGGCUAAGGACGAGAUCACCGUGACUGGAGGACGUGUCGGCAAGGUCGGUACUGGUGGUCUGACCCUUGGCGGCGGCAUCUCCUACUUCUCCAACAAAUACGGCUGGGCUUGCGACAACGUCCUCACCUACGAGGUCGUCACCGCUGCCGGGUUCAUCAUCAACGUCACCGAGAAGUCGAACCCUUCCCUCUACUGGGCCCUCCGUGGCGGCGGCAACAACUUUGGCAUCGUGACCGCCUUUACCUUCCGGGCCAUCCCUCUUCCUGGCGGCUUGAUGUGGGGUGGAACCAAGACGUAUCUCGAGAACGACUUCUCCGACCUCACCGAGGCCUUUGUCCAGACCAUUGCCAACACCCCCGAUGACCCCAACGCUGGCACCUGGAUCGCCUGGCUCUCCCAGGGCGGCAUGAAGCUCGCCGCCACCGAGUUCUGGUACGCCACCCCCGAGGGUGCCGACGCCGCCAUCUGGGAGCCCUACGAGAACCUGACGGCCAUUGCCGACUCCACGAAGGAGCGGACCCAUCACGAGUACGCCCAUGCCCAGGACGAGUCGAACCCCUACGGUUUCCGCGAGGUGUACUACGGCCUCACCGUCAAGGCCGGCUCUGAAGUCGCCGCCAAGGCGCGCGACGUCUUCUUCGAGGAGCAGCCCAAGCUCGCCGACGUCGAGGGCGCCAACCCCGUCCUCAUCUUCCAGGGCAUCACGACCGAGCAGAUCAAGCACAUGAGCGCCCGCGGUGGCAACCCGCUGGGCAUCAACCUGGCCGAUGGGCCCCUGUACCUGAUCCAUGUCGCCUGCUGGUGGUCCAACGCCGAGGACGACGAGCGCGUGUACAGCUGGAUUUCCAACCUCCUGACCCGCAUCGAGUCCGAGGCCUCGGCGCUCGGCAAGCAGAAUGACUACAUCUACAUGAACUACGGCAGUCUGUACGAGAACGUCAUUGCCAACUACGGUCCCGACAAUGUCGACAAGCUCAACAGUAUUGCCAAGUUUUACGAUCCCACCGCUGUCUUCCAGAAACUCCAGCCGGGCCACUUCAAGCUCGACAGGGCACCGGUCCCCGACGAUAGGUUCUGGUCGGGUGUCAGGAGCUAA